AUGGCGCCGCCCGCUGCUGGUAACAAGGGAGGAGGCAGUCGUGCAGCCCGGCGUGACAAAUGGCUCUGCAAGUCUUGCCUCGGACGAGAUCACAAACCCUACGUCAACUUCGCGGAUAAGCUGUGCUGCAACAGUUGCGGCCUGGCCAAGAGCGUCGUGUACGGGGGACCCGUCAAGCCCAGCGUGCCCUCUCGGCCAGCGCCGUGGGCCGCGGGCGGCAAAGCAGCAGGAUCGCUCUCGGUCCAAUUGCUCGAGAUGCAGAAGCAGGUCCAAUCACUCACGUCGCAGCUCAAGCAGGCGAAAGCCAAGCCACCCGAGUCAACGAUGCCCACGGCGGGAGCGGAGCAUGGGGAAGGCGAUGCGGGAGCUGAGUCGGUUGUCAAGAAAAGAUUGGACGAGUUGGACGGCUUCGUCAGGCAGCUGGCUGGGAUACACACGCCAGAGGUUGAGAAGCUGGUGGAGCAGUACAAGUCUGAGCAGGCCAAGCUGCGUGCGCAGCUGUUCCAGGAAAAGCCGCCCUCGCAGCGGCUCAAGGCUCUUGGUUUCAAGAUCACCAAAGUCGAGCAGCAGAUCACCAAGCAGCAGACGGCCCGUGAGCUCAAGCAAGCGCAGCUGGCGGCCCUGCAGGCGGAGAUCGUCACGCAGGAUGCCGCUUUGGUCGAGUCCCGCAAGCAGCUGCUGGAGCUCGAGGGCCAGCGGGCCCAAUUGGUUGGGGCGCUGCCGCAGGUUCCUACAGCGGCUCCUGGCGCAGGUGUUGGCGACGACGAGAGCAGUUGGACAAUGCCCAAGUUGGAGCAAGUCCUACUUGCUGCUGAGGCUCCUCCUGACCUGCUACAGGACGUGGCCAAGGUGGUGGACAGGAUGCGACAGCAUCGGCAGGCUCAGGAGCAGGAGCGCAAAGCUCAUGCCGAGCGCGAGGCCACCCAGGCUCAGCAGGAGCACGCCGAGGAGGCAGCAGCCAGAGUUGACGCUGCCAUGGAGGAGGAUGAAGGCGAUGCCCAGGAGGAAGAGUCCGUCAACCAGGCCACAGCCGAGGAGCUGCGCGAGUUCCUACGCGAGUCUGGUGCUGACUUUCCUAACGCUACAGAUGCAUCAGAAGAGGAACUUCGUGCUGCAGUCAAGCGAAUCCGUCUGGCCAAGCCCAAGUGGAAG